AUUCGAAAGUCAACCAGUAGAGAACGGAUUUGUGGCUAGUUAUUUGACUAUGUUAUGAUAAUUUCUUGUGAAAUAUACUGAUUCUAAUUACAUUUCACUGUACUGUUUAUAACUGAGGAGUUACGUACAGCCAUGGUGAGGGAACGGGGCCAGAAGAAGUCUUUCCAGCAAAGCCUGGGUGACAUCAAAGAAAAGAUGAUUGAGAAGAGGAACAAACGCCUGGCAAGCGCCUCUGCAGGCAACAGGGGACGGUCCAAAAGGAUCAACAGAACCAGUGCGGGCAACGUGAAGCCAAUUGUCCUGAAGAACGUGCAGAUCAAUAACAAAGCACUGGCUCUGGCCCUGCAGGCAGAGAAGGAGAAGGUGAGGCAGGCCAACGGUAUCAUCCUACAGAUGAAGAGGGAGCAGCAGGCCCUCUUCCUCCACCUCCUCAUGCUCAAGAAGAGGCUCAAAGAUCAGGAGGCGCAGGCCAGUAAUGUACAGACUGCCUGUUACGCGAAUGCAGUAGAAGCCAAGACUGGACCUGCACAGCUCGUUGCUGAACCACCAAAUCCAGUGGACACCUCCAGGAGAAUUCAAAGCCAAGCUGCUCUGGAAGAUCCUGUGGAGGACGAAGCUCCACUCUCACCCAUCAGCUCAGACAUUCAUUCCCCUCUCUCAGAGCCUCAGUUUCCUAAAGGCGUGGGACAAAGCGAAAGUGACGGGCAAGUGGCGUUGCCAAAGACAGUGGCUGUGAGAGGUCGCCGGGUGGAAGGCAGAAGGAGGCGAUCUGAGCAUGUGCGGAAAGGGCGCCGUUCCUCGUUCUAUGAGCAGAACCACAGCGCCCCUCCAGAAUCUCUCAUACAGAAAAAGACUGAGGUCGUAGUGGAGAGCCUGGUUCUAAACGCCAGGAGAGGCCAGAACCACAUACAGGAAGUGAAGAUGGAGAGAGGCAAUCCGAUUGGCUCAGAGGAGUUCCAGCAGCACUUCACCCCAGAGCCCCCGGCUAAACCAGCAUAUCAACAGCAGCAACCCCGGAACAAACAACAACAGGCCCAUCCACCGUGGCCUAAGCCCGAACUGGCUGCACGCAAGCAAGAGAGGGGCCUCAAACCGGACCGCCCCCCUCUGAAGAAACCCUGGGAGACCUCUAAACCCAGAGCCCGGUCCAAGAGCCGGGACCGCUCAGCCACACGGUCCAGAACCAGGGUGGCCUCUGCUGCACCUCUCAACACCUCCCUCAACACAUCUCAGGGAUUCAAUGACACUUUUGACUUUGACUGCGAGGACGGGGUACACCUCACCCCCUUCAAGGGUAGCGGACCCAAGGAUAACCCCCGAGACACACCCAUACAGGAGGUGGAGAGGGGACAGAAACAGAACCCGAAGAGGACUCUGUCGUCAUCUGAGUCUAGUUCAUCUUCGUCUUCUGAGUCAGAAGACAGCCCCUACGUUCCUCAGAAACGGAAGAGACGGAGCCCCCGGGACCGGGCCAAGCCUGCCCUCGCUCUUAGAGCCAGGGGUCGACCCUGCAAAGCAGCUACAGACAAGGAGAACGGCCCCCCAUCCAAACCAGAGUUGUUACAUGCAACCAGAAUGGAGGUCUGUUCCACCCCUGUGGUCCUUGACAAACAACUCAAGGAGGAACCAGAAAGGAGCCAGAGCUCGAUUUGGAUACAGCCGUUGUCUCUGGUUGCCAUGGAUGUUGCCUUAGAUGCUAGCUUGUCUGAGUUAGAGGGUGGUCCCUACGUUCCUAAAAGCCGUGGCGUACGAAAGACACAGGGCCACCCAGAGCAGGCCAAGCCCACCCCCACUCGCAGGGGACGGCCCUAUAAAGCAGCCAGAGACAAGGAGAACGUCCCCCCUCCUAAACGACAGUUGUCACGUGUCACCAGAGUAGAGGCCAGUCCCACAGCUGGGCCCGCUGAGGUCCCUGAGACAGAAGUCCAACUCCCAGAAACACCUGGGAGUGUCUUUGUUGACAGUCCUGGUCCAAUGGCAGAGCAGGGUCUUGAGGGACACCCAGAGCAACACAGACAAGAUAAAGAGGAGGCUCUGCUUCCUGUCACUCCAGGAGUGGAGGAGGAGAUGAUGAGGAUCGGCAAUGUCCUGUCUGGUUUCAGGGACUCCCCCCGUGAGUCUCCUGGGAUACCGACCAGCAGCACCCCCCAGAACCACAUCUCACACAUCCCCAAAACAUGCAAGAGGACAGGUGGGCUUAGUGUCAGAACUGGGCGGGGCUUCAGUCUGAGUGAUGUGACCAAUCUUACCCCUGCAGCCUAUCGGAAGUUCUCUUUAAAGAGCUCCCGCCCUUCAGACCGAUGUCCCACCCCUGUCCCCGGCCGCAAGAGGCGGUCCACGAUGACAGUGGACUACAAAGAGCCAUCGCUGCACGCGAAACUGAGACGUGGAGACAGGUUCACAGACACCAAGUUCCUCCUCUCUCCCGUCUUCAAACAGAAACCCAGGAAGUCCGUGAAGACUCGGCUGUCGUUGGAGAAAUACAACGAGUCAUUUGUGGGAUGUCGCUGACAUGUCUUCACAUUGAACACACGUUUUACCCAUUCAAGUUAGUUUGAGAGGAUUUUUUGUUGUGAAUACUUACGUCAGUGUCCCACAUGUUAAUUGUUUUUGUCCAAUGAAAUGGAGGACAGCUUUGUGUCGAUUCUUUGUUGUUCAUAUGCUGAAUUUAGCCAAAUCAUCAUGGGCAUUGGUGACAUUCAAUCAAAUCACCCAAAAAUGUGUUCUCUAUCUCGAUGACUGUAUGGAUUGUUGUUAGCCACCCAUAGAGGGCAACAUUAGAUCAAUAUUCUGGGAAGACGUCACCCACAACAUGUACCUUCAUCUGGUUGUAUUCAGUUCGCUGUUGUAAAUGCAGUAUGUGUAUUUUUAGCUUGCUUUUUCAAGAUCUUUGAAUAUGUAUUCUCUACAUAACCCUGUUUUCAUGUAACAUGUUUUGAUUUUAUAAUAAACUUUCAAUCCAUAA